GUCCCACUGGGGAGACUUCAGUUCAAUUCCUGCCCCACAACCAUCUGUAGGGUUUACAGAGAAUGGUCCGUAAAAGAGAAAAUAUCCAGUGAGAGGCAGUUGUGUGGACAAAAAUGCCUUAUUGAUGUCAAAGGAGAAUGGGCAGACUGGUUGCUGCGACAUUCCAAUGGUAGGGCACAGGGGCGGACUGACAACUCAUGGGGCCCCCGGGCAAUAGGGGAUCAUGGGGCCCCUGUGUCCUUGCCCAAAAUUAAAAAAGCCUAUGAAAAAGGUACCAGGGGCAUCUCAUGGGGCCCCCUACUGACCCUGGGCCCUUGGGCAGUGCCCGAGUUUCCAAAUGGUCUGUCCGCCCCUGGU